CUUGCGGAAGUCCGCCAUUUUGUCUGCAGCUGUGUUUCGUCUGUCAUUUCGGGGCGAGGAGAAUAAGGAGCUAAUAGCUAACGUUGUUGUGUAAAUGAUCAGUUUUCCACCGCCAAAAUGGCGAAACUGUAUGUGUUUAGAGAAUUUAUCAGUGAGAUAUUAUCAACGGCAGCUUUAGAGAUAUUCGGAGUGGUUGAAAAAACGCUUAUUGAGUACAACGAAGAAAUCUCUCGUUCCGAGGAGGAGAGGAAGCGGCUACAACAGCUGUUGAACGUUGUUACUCAACCCAAUAUUGCAGAAGUGCAGCAGCUCUCUCUCCUGGAGCCCCCACAGAUUAAAGAGGAACAGGAGCUGUGGACCAGUCAGGAGGAAGAGCUGCAAGGACUGAAGUCUGAAACUACAGACUUCAUACUCACCAGGGAGCCAGAGUUUUCAAAUUUGAAAAUGUCCAAAUUACAUAUGAUAAGAGAAUUUUUUAGUGAACGACUAACAACGGCAGCUUCAGAGAUUUUCGGGGCCGUUGAAAUAACAUUUACUGAGUACAAAGAAGAGAUCUCUCAUUUCAAGGAGGAGAGCGUGCCGAUACAACGGCUGUUUGACAUAGUGGCUCAACCUGAGAUCAAGCUACACCGAACAGAAGUGAAGCAGCUCUCUCUCCCGGAGCCCCCACAGAUUAAAGAGAAACAGGAGCUGUGGACCAGUCAGGAGGAAGAGCAGCUCCAAGGACUGAAGUCUGAAACUACAGACUCCAUAUUCACUUCUCUCGGUGUGAAACGUGAUUCUGAUCAGGAGGGCUCCUCUGAAUGUUCACAUGUUGACCAGACUGUUAAAGUGGAGGACAGAGAAGGAGACUCUCUACCCACCAACACAACUGAGGAGCAAAUCAAAGCAGAGCCUCAUGUACAAGACUCUGCAGAACCAGGCAGUGACUCUCAGCCCCUCUCUGUUGUAGCUCCAGACUGUCCUGCAGCUCAGAGUUUGGAGGAGGAGGAACAUGGAGGAGUGCUGCCCUUGCGAGAGACGAUCAAUUCAACAGUAACACAAGUACAUUCAGCUGUGCCAGGGGGAACGAUGACACAGGCAAGUACCACAGGAGUGAAAGUACAUAAGUGUCAAGAAUGUAGUAAACUCUUUUCUAAAAGUGGUACACUGGCUAGACAUAUGAGGACUCACACAAGAGAGAAAUUGUAUCCAUGUCAGGAAUGUAAGAAAGCCUUUACUUCCAAACUGCAACUGGUGGAACACACAAGAACACACACCGGAGAGAAACCUUACCAGUGUCAAGAAUGUAAAAAAUGCUUUACUCAAAAUAGUAGUCUGGUUAAACAUAUGAGGACACACUCAGGAGAGAAAUCUUAUCAAUGUCAGCAUUGCGAGAACAGAUUUAGCCGGAAGGAUCAUAUGGUUGAACACAUGAGGAAACACACAGGAGAGAAACCUUACCAGUGUCAGGAAUGUAAACAAUUCUUUGCUCAACAUGGUAGUCUGGUUAAACACAUAAGGACACACACAGGAGAGAAACCGUAUCCGUGUCAACAAUGUAACAGGAGAUUUAGCCAGAAAUCUACUCUGGGUAAACACAUGAGUAUACACAGGAGCUCACCCAGAUCAGGGACAGGAGUGCAGUAACAGCUAUAGUUACAAGUCAAAUCUUAUUGGUCAUAUGUGAACAUAAAAAUAGGGUUGGUGUCAACAACGUGUAAAACAUGUGUAGUUUUGGCAAUGACACACACAGAGAUGAAACUGUCAAAAAUCUUGUUAAAGUUUGACUUGGUUUCAAAAAUGAAACUAAAUCCAAGCAGCAUUGAACAGAUCCCAGGCUUGUUUGGGAUUUCAGCGAUCACUGAAUUUGGAGUCGGACUGAAACUGGAGUUAGUGCCCGUUAACGCCAUUCGCUGUUUGUGUUAUGGAUUAUAGUUCAUAACUAGCUUGUGUCAUUUAUCAGGGUUCCCAAUUCCUUUACCGAAGACGACUACUGAUAUAUAUUUUUGCCUUUUCAAUUAACCUGUCAACAUUAUCACAAACGUAACCAGCACAGCGACAAUAUUUAUUUGUGUUUCGAUUUAAUUUAUGUUUAUUAUUUGGGCUAAUUUGUGUCUCAAAUAAACUGUUCUGAACCUGA